AUGUUUAAUUCUAUUAAAACUUUAAUUUUAUUAAUAUUAUGUUUUUCCAAUUAUUUUAUUUUUUGUCAAGAAUCAGUACAUACAGUUAAUAUAGAUAAUUUUCCACCAUUGUUGACAUUAUUUAAUGGUUCAACAAUAUUAUUUGUAGUUGGAUUGAAUACUGGUGAUCAUAUUAUUUUUACCAAGGUAACACCAAAAGGUGUUCAACCAUUUACAUCACCAGUUUUAAAUUUACGUAGAUUACAACCAUCAUUUUCAUAUACUUUCAGUGAUGCCGGCAAAUAUGUUAUAAUGGAUAUGUAUACCUCUGAAGAAAUGAAUUUAACAAUUAUUGAUACCUUAUCACCAUUGUCAUCAUCAUCAUCAUCAUCUGAUUCAACCAAUAAUCAAUCAAAAUCUUCCUCUUCCAACUCUGUAAAUGCAAGUUCAUCAUCAACAAAACCUCCAAUUUCAUCUUUGGAAACUGAUUCUUUAAAUAAUUCAACUUCAACCACAACUACAACUUCUAAAUCGUCACAUGAAAAGAAUGAAUCAAUUCAACUUUUAAGUUCAUUUAGUAAUUUGAUAUUCAUUUCUAUCAUAUUAUUAUCACUUUAA